GGAUCUCAUAUCAUUCCCCAUUUCCUUUUUAAUUCCAAACUUAUUUACCCACAUCACAACUUUACUUGAUUUUCUUUCUGACGAUGUUUACAUCCAAAUUCAACUCAGUCCUUUCCAGUCCAAAUGAACGCGAUUUCACUGCCCGCGAUCCUAAAAGAUGCGGUACAUUCUUUACUCCCGAUAUUAUAGAGAAAUUUUCAACACAGGCAGCAAUACCUCAGAUAUCCGCACCAACACUUAAUUAUCAUUCAAAGCCUUUCAUACCGCUUCCUGCUCGUCCUACUCUACCAAUGGGAAAGACUACAGCCCCCACGGAUUUCAGCACGAUGCAACUACCACCACAAAGUCAAAUGGAUAUAGCGAUGGGUUGUCGAGUGUUGGAUUCACGUGGCAACUCGUUUGAAUUCAGUCAAUUGAUUGAUAGAAAAUGUCGUACGGUUGUGAUCUUCAUCAGGAACUUUCGAUGUGCUUUCUGUCAAGCGUACAUUAAACAUCUUUCCACCAUCGCUAACGAGCGUGAAGAAUAUGGUGUGAUCAAGUCAGCUGGAAUCAAAGUCGUGAUCAUUGGCCUCGGUAGUCACUACAUGAUUCAGAAAUACGGUGCACUCUUCCCGUGCCCAUACCCAAUUUACACGGAUGCAUCUGAGUCCAAUAGACUUUAUCGUGCACUUGGAAUGAACAAGAGAAGCAUUGAAAGUGGACCUGACCUACUCAAAGGGGAUUAUUUAGAGUCUAUGUCAACCCUUGAGUUACUUACAUACGGUAUCAAGAAUUCGUUGAAACUACCAGGCCUUAAGUCCCCCGGUGAUUUGAAACAAUUGGGUGGAGAGCUGAUAUUCGAACCAGUGCCAACCUUCAAAGCUGCAAGAAUCCCAGUAAAAGUCAAAGCCUUGGAGCUGAAAGCAUUAACAGGAAUCCCGAGCAUCACGCUCAAUGUUCCAAAACCAUCAACUCCAAAUGCCCAAGUUAGUCUAUCAUUAGAUAGAUCAUCAAUCUAUGUUCCUUCAGGAGGACUUGGACCAUUUUUGAAUUUGAAGCCAACUUCACCUAUGGUCAGUAUACAUUGUAGGUUUGCACAUCGAAUGAGUUUUACUAGGGAUCAUUUGUCAUUGUAUGAUUUGUUUGGUAGAGCAGGUAUCAGGCUUGAAUCUAAUCCCAAAAAAACUCUCAGUUGGAUUUAAUGUGGAGACCAUUAUUCUGACUUAAUCUAAUUAGUUCAAUUUUUCAUCAAUCAUAUCCGUGUCAUUGUAUAACUCUCUUCCAAAUAUCACUACAUCUUUUCUUUUAUUCAAUUAAAUUGUAUAAUUAAUCUUUUUCUCUAAAUCCAAAUCUUAUGUCAUCUUGGCCCUUAUCUUAUCUAACUGCAUACACAUUUUAUUUAAUUUUUGGUAUAAUACUAUUUGAAAUUUUUACCACCAGUUAGUUAGUUUUGGUGAAGCAAUUUGAAUGUAAAGAAUCUUAUAAGACCAAUAAACAUUCAUC